CUUUGUUUGCUUUCACCAACCAUCAAAAACCUACACCCCCCUCACACUUCAAUCCCUCUUUCCUUUUCUUCUCUCUCAUACUCUUCCAAGUUCCAAGAGAGAGAGAGAUUGAAAAAGAUUUUAGAUUAUGUACUUCUAAUCCCUUUUCUUCAUCUUCAGCCCAAAUUUUACUGUAUAAAUCUGCAACAAGUGAAACCCAGAAAAAAUGUCUCACGCUGUAUUCCAAGCAGCGCAAAUUAUGCCCAUGAAUACCCAAAUUCCUAACAAGUCUAUCUUCACAAAACCCACCAUUUUUCCAAUUAUUUCUUGUCAUUCAAUCGGCGGAAAAUCAAGGAAAUCAACAUCUCUGUAUAUUAGGGAUUCUGUCUCUCCUGUACCUACUGUUGAUGGGGAGUCCUCAAUUGCUCAUCUGGAGCGCUGCUUGGUUGUACCGUUGGAGUCUCAGUCUUCGACUUCUUCGGGUUCGGCGAUGUUUGCUCCCACUAUGAAGGGGAAGUUUGGUUCUAUGGGUGCUGUUACUUUGGAGAAGUCUAAGCUUGAUAUGACUCAGAAGCAAACGCGCUCUAGCCCUGAGCUAGCAACAGGUGGAGGUGGUGGUGAUAUUGGAAAGAAAAUCAAUAAUGGCGGUGGAGAUGGUGGUGACGAUGGUGGAGACGAUGAUGAUUACUUUGAUGAUUUUGAGGAUGGGGAUGAAGGAGACGAGGGGGGAAUUUUCAGGAGGCGGAUUGUUUUGCAAGAGCUAUUUGAUCGAAAAUUUCUAGAUGCGGUACUAAAUGAGUGGCAGAAAACGGUAAUGGAUCUUCCAGCAGGGUUCAGGCAAGCUUUUGAGAUGGGUUUAGUUAGCUCUGCUCAAAUGGUUAAAUUUUUAGCAAUUAAUGCCAGACCCAACACAGUUAGAGCUGUUGCACGUGGCCUUCCGCAGGGAUUAUCAAGAGCAUUCAUUGGGAGGAUGAUUGCAGAUCCAGCUUUCUUAUAUAGACUUCUUUUGGAGCAGGCUACUACUAUUGGUUGUUCUGCUUGGUGGGAGUUUAAGAACCGAAAGGACAGGAUAAAGCAGGAGUGGGAUUUAGCUCUUAUUAAUGUGCUGACAGCAGCAGCAUGCAAUGCAGCUGUUGUCUGGUCGCUGGCGCCUUGUCGUUCAUAUGGAAAUACGUUCCAAUUUGAUCUACAGAAUACAUUGCAAAAGCUCCCAAACAAUGUUUUUGAAAAGAGCUAUCCUUUCAGGGAAUUUGACAUGCAAAAGAGAAUCCAUUCAUUUUUCUACAAGGCUGCACAAUUGUGUUUUGUAGGACUUACUACUGGUGCAGUGCAAGGUGCUCUAUCGAACCUUUCUGCCAAGAAAAAGGAUGACCGGUUAUCAGUGACAAUUCCAUCUGUUAGGACUAAUGCACUUGGCACCGGUGCCUUCCUUGGGCUUUAUGCUAAUUUACGUUAUCAGCUGCUAUGUGGUAUUGAUAGAGGAUUAUCCAGCUACUUUGAUGUUAUUGGAGUAGCACUGUUUUGCAGCACAGCUUUGAGGAUCUUGGAUGUUCAAAUAGGCGAGACAUCACGAUUGGCAUGGCUAGGAAUAGAGGCGGAUCCACUGGUUCAAUCAGACAACCUUUUGAAGGCUUACAAUCGGCCUCCUGAGGCCAACAGUUCCAAGCAGGGUAGUUGGUUUAUUUCAAAGAAUACCAUUGUUUCAGGUCUCGGUUUUCUCGGGCUUCCACAAGGUAAUAAUGGUGACUCUACGAAAGAGUCAGAUGGUCCAAAACCUCGAAGGAAAAGGGUCGUCAGGAAAAAAGUGACUACUGCAGGGUAAUUUUCUCAAGAUCAUCAAUUUUGCAAUCCAUAAGUAGCUAGCUCUGGAAAGAUAUGCGAAGCUGACCUACCUUCAUUUACAUGGGCCGUUUUUGUGGCAAUGGGUAAGGGCGACCGAAGUGUGAAGCACCUGCACUUUAAUGUUUUUAUAUGUUCAGAUGUCCAAUAUCUCCCCGUUAUAAGUCACCAUGGUGGAAAGUGGAAACAAAUUAAUCUGAGAGCUGUAAAGGUAGUUUGUGCAAUGAAAAUAGCUGUGAAAGCUUCUGAAGAAUUUUGUUUGUUUCUUUUUAUUUGUUUUUAUUCAUAUACCCUAAAAUAAAUCGUAAGGUACUGCCUGGUGGAAUGUACCUUGAUUGUUUUAGUGUAAUCUGCCAUUCAAUUACAAGGGUUUUUCUUUGUA